AUGUCGAAACGCGUUCACAAGAAGCAAAGGCUUGACUCUGACUUUACUGAAAUUGGGUCGAUAAAAAAGCAGAAAAUCUGUAAUACUUUACAUGCUAGCACAGGAAGACAAUAUACUGUGAGCGUUGCACUUCCAGGCUCGAUAAUUGAAAAUGCUCAAUCAGCUGAACUUAAAACGUAUUUGGCCGGACAGCUUGCGCGUGCUUUCGCAAUAUUUAAUGUAGAUGAAAUAGUUGUCUUCAAUGAAUCAGGAGCGUUGCGAAAUUCAAGUAACAAUCAGCAAGAGGAGUCCAGUCGCAAAAAAAAACAAACCGAGAAUAUUUCUUCCGAUCCAAAUAUUUUCUUAGCCAGGAUAUUACAAUAUUUGGAGACACCUCAAUAUUUACGCAAGGAUCUAUUUCCUGUUCAUCAAGACCUUAGAUAUGCAGGCUUGCUGAAUCCAUUAGAUUGUCCACAUCACGUUCGCCAAGACGAGAAGUGCCCGUUUAGGGAAGGUGUUGUAAUAGACAGAAAAAUUAAAUAUGGGAAAGGAUCUUUGGUCAAUGCAGGGCUCACCAAGCAUGUAAUAAUUGAUCGUUCAAUCAAACCAGGAAUCCGCGUAACUUUGGAUAUGGAAAAUUACGAGACUGUCAAAACUGAUGGAACCUAUAUUAAAGCUAAGGUGGUAUCACCAAAGACUCCGCGACAAAAUGGCUUUUACUGGGGUUAUCAAGUUCGCAUGGCAGAUUCAAUAUCAAAAGUGUUCACAGAAUGCCCAUUUUCAGAUGGAUACGACGUGACUAUAGGGACAUCCGAGCGUGGCAAGAUUGUUCAUAACCUGGUAGAUGAGUUACCAGAAUUUAGUCAUCUGCUAAUUAUGUUUGGUGGCUUGGGAGGACUCGAAACUUCUAUUGAUGCGGAUCAAGAUUUAAAAUGCACUGGCGAAGAAGCAGAUUCUUUGUUUGAUUUAUGGAUAAAUACAUGUCCUGAUCAAGGAAGUCGGACAAUCAGGACUGAG